AUGACCGAUAUUUUAUUAUGGGCUAAUCAACAUCGAAGAAUAAUUGAAAAAGAAAUGAUCCUUGGAUUUGAGGCCUCUGGUAAAAUUUUGGAAAUAGGUCGAUUGGCACAGGAAAAAGGACAUUUUUAUUGGGGCGAAGAGGUUUUGAUACAUAAUUACCCGAUUGUUGGUGGAUUAGCAGAAACUUGUAUUGCCCAUUACAACAACGUGUUUAGACUCGAUAAAAUUAAAAAUUUAUCAAUGAAAGAUGCGGCGAUCUUGACGGACGAUUAUUUCUCACCAUUGUUAAUAUUCGGCCGUCGUAGUAAAUUAAUCGAGAACGAAUAUAUCUUAAUUAAUACAAAUUUGGCUUAUUCGGGAUUGGCAGCCAGUAAUAUCGCAGCAUGCAUCUUUCGUGCCAAGCCAAUUAUUGCGUCCAAUUGUAUAACAUCGUUCAAUUGUAAUAGUGGUGCUAUUGCGAUUAUCGAUAGAAAUAAAUUGAGCGACGAAUUAGAACGAAUUACUGGCAAGAGAGAAGUUCGUUUAAUCAUCGAUACGAUUGGUGGAAAACAAUUUGGGAAUUUACUUAAAUGUUUGCAACACGAAGGAAUAGUUGCUGUUGUUGAUUGUGCAAGAGAUUCAAAGUAUCCGUAUCAAUAUAUUUUCCCAUCGAAUUAUACUAUCUUAACAUUGUCAAUAGAACAUUAUAAAAAUAAUGAUCCCUUUAUAUAUAGAGAAACCAUGCAAAAUUUAUUGGAUUAUCGAAUAGAAGGUACGAUCUGUCCACAUAUAUCAGCCAUAUUUGGAUUGAAUAAUAUAAACAAGGCAUUUGAAUAUGCCGCAAAAUUGACUCGAGGCAAAAUAUUGAUAGAUCUUAAAAAUCAUGACGAAUAUUAUUUAUGUGAAUCUUAA